AUUCGUGACGAAUCAGUCAACCAUGGUGUACAUUCGUCAAGACCGGCUUCCCAAGCUCAAGGAGUACAAGUACUCGGGCGUCGACCACAGCUUGCUGUCGCGCUAUGUCUUAAAGCCGUUCUACACCCACGUCGUCAUCAACUGUUUCCCAAUGUCUAUGGCCGGGUUUAGCUUUGUCAUUGCCAACUUGAUGACAAUGUUCUACUACACUCCUGGUAUGGAUCAAGAUUGCCCUUCUUGGGUUUACUAUUCCUGGGCCAUUGGUCUUUUCACAUAUCAGACCUUUGAUGCCGUUGAUGGUAGUCAAGCAACCAGACAAAGUGGACCCCUUGGUGAACUUUUCGAUCACGGUGUGGAUGCGCUGAACACUUCUCUGGAGGUCCUCAUCUUCUCGGCAGCCAUGAACUUGGGCCAAGGCUGGAAGACUAUGUUGAUCCUCUUCGCUUCUCUUNUGACCUUCUAUGUGCAGACCUGGGAUGAAUAUCACACCCACACUCUGACUUUGGGUAUUGUCUCUGGUCCUGUCGAGGGUAUCAUCACUCUCUGCAUUGUAUACGCAUUCACUGGCUACGUUGGUGGUGGCAGCUUCUGGCACCAGUCUAUGUUCGCUUCUCUGGGUAUGCCGCGCUACGAUAUCAUCCCUGCCAUGGUCUAUGACCUGCCCUGGACGGACUGGUACAUGGUCUACGGCAGUGUGGUCUUGAUCUUCAACACCGUCUUGAGCGCCAUGAACGUCAUGGCUGCCCGCCGUCUGCGCAAGGAAAACCCCAUCUUUGCUCUCUACGGCUUGGCUCCCUUCUUCCNNCUCACCUGGGUCGUCAUCCCCAUCUACCUCUUCCNNCUUCAACCUGUCAUUUUGCGCCAGCACCUUGUGCCUNUUGUCCUUUACGUCGGUCUGGUCAACGCUUACUCGGUCGGCCAAAUGAUCACUGCUCAUUUGACCAAGUCGCCUUUCCCUAUGACCAAUGUGUUGGUCUUGCCUCUGGUCUUUGGCGUCAUCGACAGUCUGGGUCCUUUCUUGCACGAGCAUGCUGGCUUUGGUUGGCCCAGCGCUCUGGGCGACGGACAGUACCAGGUUGCCUUCAUGUUCUCGUGUCUGGGACUUGCAGUUGGUGUGUACGGCAGCUUUGUCGUCGAUGUCAUUGUUACCAUUUGCGAUUACCUUGAUAUCUGGUGUUUGACCAUCAAGCAUCCUUACGUUCCCGAGACCGAGGAGAAGAAGGUCCGU